AGUCAUGUGACCAGGCCAUUUGAUUUGAGUUUAUUAAAGACCUGACACAUGAGAGUGAGAAAGUGACAAAACCCGAUCAUGGAGACUCGGUGCAUUUCAGGCUGGUUUCUCCUCUGUCUACUUUCAGUCAGUGAAUGCAGUCAAAUCCUUGGUAUUGAGGGUCAGAAUAUCACUCUGCCAUUUAAAUAUGAUGCCAAAUCUCAUGGUCUACAACACAUUUGCUGGGGGAAAGGAAUCAUCCCGAGCUCUGGUGGUUGUGACAAUGAAAUCAUCUCAACUGAUGGGUUUGAAGUGACACGUAGAUCGUCGGUUAGGUAUCAGUUAUUGGGUGAGCUGAAGACGGGGGACGUCACUCUAACCAUCUCCAAUAUCACAGAGAAAGACUCUGGAACGUAUGGAUGUCGAGUGCAGUACGUUGGAUGGUUCAACGAUGAGAAAUAUCAUGUCAGCUUGACCAUUGAGAAAGCACGUGUCCCGACAACAUCCCAGACAUCUGCCAAUGUAACCAUAACCCCACAGACCAUGGACAACCACGACCACGGUCCUGUGACCACAACAUCCACUGAGUAUUCAUCCUCACUAUAUUACAGCGAAUCAAAAUCAGAGACGAGAGGCCACAACCUGGCUGUGAUCCUGGGGUCCAUUCUGCUUGUUCUGACAGGGGUGGGGAUUGUGUCUGUACUCGUCAUGAGAAAGCGAUGGGGAAGAGUUGCCAUGGGACUCCAAAUACCACAGCUCUCUGGCGGCUCAGUCCUGUACAGAAACUCAGUGUCCAGCUUGGGCUUGCACACUCGAGAGAUGGCUGUAGAGAACGUCUAUCAGAUAGAGGACAACGAGAGAGACGACUAUGAGGAUAUCCACUGACGGAGCACGGACACUUCGCCACCACGCUCACGCUGUUAACACCUUGCAUAGUGCAGUAUAGUGCAGUAGUGCUGUAGCUCUGGGUUACAUGGCUGAGGUUGACUUACAGGCUAAUGAUUCAGCCGGACAAGACAAAAGUCACUACAGAAUCAGUAGUGUUUGCUGAUAAGUGAACCAAACAGUUGAUUUGUGUUAUUGAAAGGUUUAUUUGAAAAAAAAGGGCCUUACUAAUAUGGCUUCCUUUGUGUAUUCAGCACUAACACUAGAAGCACAAGCAUUUCACUACACUCACAAUAACAUCUGCUAACCAUGUGCAUGUGACCAAUAACAUCUGCUAACCAUGUGUAUGUGACCAAUAACAUCUGCUAGCCAUGUGCAUGUGACCAAUA